GGCCAUUUCUUUUUGCCUGGGGUACUGGCAGUUUAAGGCCUGACCCCCGACUCAGUUUCGAUACAAGUUCUUAGGGCCAGAUCCCACUGGCAAGGAUGAUUGGAAUUCGCGCGGCGAACCUGAGCGGAGACUGUCACUUCAACCGGGAGCUGUUGCGCGGGCAUCUGAACAUCCGCGGGCAACAUCAGAUCUGCGUCAGAAGACGAGCAGAGUUGUCGGUGAAAAUGAAUCCGUACUGCGCUCAGAAAGCCAAGGAAGCGGUGGAUGCCGCUUGGAACACAUGUAUAAAGGACACAGCACCAUUUGAUAGGGUACCGUAGUAGGAAUGUCAGGUCUGGCCUGUAGAAUAUGUAUUAUGAACCUGGACCCCCGUCAGGUCUAGGUUACCCGCGGUCUGAGUUCUUCUAAGGGUGCAGCAGGUAGGUUCGGUCUAGGAAGGCGGGACGGAUGGGCGGUUAACGGAGGAGGCCCCAAUUUUCGGAAAAAGCCCUUUUUGAUCCAACAUGGCACCCCUACAGAGAAUCGAUAGUGGUGGGACGUCAUCAGGAGUGAUCAGAGUGGAAUGUGGGACGGUACUUCUGAGCUCGCGGAGGAUCUCACAAGGGCAGCUUUUUGUGGUAGGUUAGGGCUUCUUCGCUCCGCUACUCACCAAAUGAGCAAAACGAGAACGAAUCUUGCAGCAGAACAUGGAAAGAUGCACUGACAUAAUUUUUGUCUUGUGUGCGUGUGGCGAGUAGUGGAGUGAGGGCCUUUCUCUCGGUUGUUUUUUUCGUCAUCCAGUUAAAUUACCAGUGCAAGAGCGAGGUGCGCCGGCUAG